AUGUUGAGUACGAGAGGUACAGGUAGACAAACCAUGCGUAUAGCACGCUGGUCUGCUCAGUUGUUACAAUUUGAUUACACUGUAGAGUACAAAGCAGGUCGAGAAAACUACGUUGCAGACGCUUUGUCACGCUUACCGUUAGGUGAUGAAGAAUGGUCAGAUGUAGUAGAUGAAGAAGAGUAUGUUCUAAAUCAAGUAAGAGUAGAUUCACCUGUCACUGUCAAAGAGUUACAAGAUGCAACUAAUAAUGAUGAAGUAUUGGUACAGGUCAGAAAGUACAUUGAGGAAGGAUGGUCUGGUAACCAUAAAUCCUUUCCUCCUGAGAUCAAACCAUAUCUCAUCUUGAGAGAUGAAUUGUCUAUAGUAGAUGACAUUGUGAUGAGAGGGAAUAGAAUUGUAAUUCCAAUGUCACUUCAGGCCAAGUUUGUAGAUUUUGCUCAUUCAGCACAUCAGGGCAUUGUGAGAACUAAACAAAGGUUGAGAGAAACAUACUGGUUCCCACAUAUUGACAAAAUCGUUGAAGAAACAAUCAAAAGAUGUGUCACUUGUCAAGAAAAUGACAAAUCACAUCGCACACACAGUGCACCAAUGCAAUCGGUAGAAUUUCCUAAUUCACCAUGGGAAAAGAUUUCAAUUGACAUUACUGGUCCUUUUGAGAAUGCACCUCAUGACCAAAGAUAUGCAAUUGUAGUAGUUGACUACCAUAGCAAGUGGCCUGAAGUAGCGUUUUGUAGCAAUGUAACAAGCAGGUCUGUAAUACAGGUUCUCAAAACUUUGUUCACUAGAGAGGGAAUUCCAACCCAUUUAGUAUCAGACAAUGGACCGCAGUUUGUGUCACAUGAGUUUGAAGAGUUCUUAGAAGAAUAUGGUAUCACUCAUGUAAGAUCAUCGUUGUACUACCCUCGUGCAAACGGCGAGGUAGAACGGUUCAAUAGGGUUUUGAAGUCUAGCAUUCAAAAUGCUAUGAUCGAAGGAAAAAGGUCUUUCAAAGAGACUACGUUAGAUCUUUUGUUGGCAUAUAGAUCAACACCUCAUCAAGUAACAGGUCUGUCUCCAUCAGAGUUAUUACAUGGUAGGAAGAUGAGAACCAAGUUAGAUGUAAAGGGUAGAAUGCCAGUUAAGACUCAAAGAAAGAAGAAUGAAGUCAAACAAAGGGUAAAAAAAACAAAAACAAAGAAAGUCUGA